CUACUUGGUGUCGCUGCCUCUUCUAUUAUGUCCUCAAUUUCCCUCUGACGGAUAUCAUCCAAGGCAGUGUUUCGCGGAAUAUACGGAGUAGAUGCUAUCACGGACGCAUUAUUCAGAUCAAAACUCCAGUCGUCGUCGAACCUAUUCUGUCGCGAGGAGACGGGCGUGCUCUGAAGGGAACUCUUGUGCGAAAGCGGGCUCUCCUCGACUGAUGGGUGCGGCAGGUCUGCGGCGGGCGCUCCCGGACUCUCUCUAUAGCGUGGAGUCCCAGGAUUCCGGUUUUCCUCGGGCAUGAUGCCGUGCUGCUGGCAGAGCUUUCCCUCUUGAAAUGCGCAUUCGCGCCUGCGGCUAUGGCGUCGUUGCCAGAAUUGUGUCUGUCCAGGUUCUCCAACGUGACGGCGACAUUUGGGUGUGUUCGUGCAAGACGAAAAGGCUGCGCGCGGCGGCUCUGCUCCUCGCGCGCAUUGCGAAUCAACUGCUUAUCGAAUUCGUCGGCUUCGGGUUCGUUUUCCAGGUCGGUCAACUGUUCGUAUACGUCCUCGUGGGGUGCGGGUCGUUCGUUCGGAGCCAUCUCAAACAGUCCAUCUGUGCGAUUCUCUGGUACGCGGGGGUUGUAGGCUUUGUGGCGGGAUUCGAGGUUCGCGCCGGCGAAAUGGGUGGCUGGAAGUGGGGAGAAAGGUUGGAAGCGCGUACUCAUCUCAUGUGCGGCUAGUGAGAUUGCAUAAUAACGCGUCACUGGCGUGCAAUAAAGCUUCGGAUUUUGGUGAUGUAAGCGUUUGGGGCUAAGAGUGAAAGGUUGUAUACAUAUGUAUGUGUGGCUAUGUAUUUCG